AUGUGUGGAAUUCAUGCUUUGAUAUCUCCUGCUAUUUCACCACUUUCUCAGCCUCGGGAUCUCGACAGUGUCUCACCUGAACUCAGACGCGUACUUGUCGCUCGCGGCCCAGAUCAUUUCGGCCAAGCCUGCCGCAAGUCAAAUGGUUGGACUCUCCGCUUCACCUCCACGGUGUUGGCUCUACGAGGUGACCACAUCACGCGCCAGCCAUUAGAAUCCGACAAUGGGUCUGUUCUGUGCUGGAAUGGCGAGGCCUGGCGCGUCAAUGGCCAGCGCAUACAAGCUGAGGCCAAUGAUGCCGAGGUUGUGCUCAAGCUACUGGUAAACGUUGGGUCAUCAGCUCCAGGAGAUGAAAGAUUAGAGACAUUAUUAAACGCGCUGCGAGCCAUAGAGGGACCUUUUGCGUUUGUCUACUACGACUACCCAGCAGAAACUUUGAUUUAUGGUCGGGACCGACUAGGGAGGAGGUCGCUUGUCUUAAGACAAGACGGCGAUGAGCUCGAGCUAUGCAGCGUUGCCGGCUCACUAGGGAAUGGGUGGCAGGAAGUCGAAGCAGAUGGCAUCUAUGUCGCGCGACUGAAGACGCAGGGCGGCUUGGAUAUUUCGCGGUGUCCCUGGAUUGUUGGAGAUAAGACUGCUGACUUCACUUACUCGGCUUUUCAUCAGGUCUUUGGCCUUGGCAGGUUCAACAAGACGCAGCCAUUCGGUAACCCCCAGUUAACGCGCUUUUCGACGUCGGUUACCAUGCUGAAAGAGCAGCUACUGGAGUCCAUACGACUGCGGAUUCUCAAUAUUCCAGUACCCCCAUCGACAGAUGGCAGAACACGCCUUUCUGUGUUGUUUUCUGGAGGUCUUGAUUGCACGGUACUAGCAAGGCUGUGCCAUGAAGUGCUUGACCCAGAUCAGGCCAUUGAUCUUCUCAACGUCGCCUUUGAAAAUCCACGAGUCGUAGCCCAACUCAAGAAUGGAGCCGAUGGCACGUUAUCUGACUUCUAUGAGGCCUGCCCGGACAGAAUUACUGGCAGAAGAUCGUUUGCAGAGUUGCAAAAAGUGAAUAUACCCUAUGCAGAGACACUGGCCCAUCGCCAGCAAGUAAUAUCUUUGAUCUAUCCACACAACACGGAGAUGGAUCUUUCCAUCGCAUAUGCGCUUUACUUUGCUGCGCGUGGUCAGGGGUUCUGCACGGAUAGUUCCGCCUUCAACACUGUACCAAAGCCCUAUACCUCUCCCGCCCGUGUCCUUCUCUCCGGUUUGGGUGCCGACGAGCUCUUCGGAGGUUAUUCUAGACACCUUUCCGCGUUUCAACAGCGAGGGUAUGUCGGCUUGGUUGAUGAGCUGCUGCUCGAUGUGGGCAGGCUUGGUAAGAGAAACCUUGGGAGGGAUGAUCGGGUCAUGUCUCACUGGGGAAAGGAGGUAAGAUUCCCCUUUCUCGACGAGCGGCUGGUGAGAUGGGCUAUCGAAACCCCCUCCUGGGAAAAAUGCGAUUUUGCGAACGGAGAAGAUGUCACGGGUGUGGAAGCCAACAAAAGGAUAUUGCGGCUACUCGCCCUGGAACUAGGCAUGGAGGGCGUAGCCAGAGAGAAGAAGCGCGCUAUCCAGUUUGGCUCCAGGACCGCAAAGAUGGAGAGCGGACGUGUCAAAGGGACCACGCUCAUCUCAUAA